UCCCAACUCAACCCUUUCUCGCCUACCACACACCAUGUACUGCAGCUGCUUCUCCGAAGGCAUUCUGACCACCCCUGCCAACUACUGGAUCUCAGGUCUGGCCUUCCCCGAUUGGGCCUUCAAAGCCGAGUCGUCGCCAGGCUCCCGGCAGAUCCAGCUGUGGCACUUCAUCCUGGAACUGCUGCAGAAGGAAGAGUUCCGCCAUGUCAUCGCCUGGCAGCAGGGAGAGUGUGGGGAGUUCGUCAUCAAGGAUCCAGAUGAAGUGGCCCGCCUCUGGGGCCGCAGGAAGUGCAAACCGCAGAUGAACUAUGACAAGCUGAGCCGGGCUCUCAGGUAUUACUACAAUAAGAGGAUCCUGUACAAGACCAAAGGCAAGAGGUUUACCUACAAGUUCAACUUCAGUAAGCUCAUUAUAGCCAACUGUCCUCCAUGGAAAGUGUGGGCACCCUCUGCCCCUUACCUGCUGUUGGGGUCUGCUGCCAUGUGUCAGCCAGCCUUGGUGCCCGUGGCUGUGCAGAGUGAGCCCCUACAUAGCACACUGUACACCCACUGGGCCACCGAAACGCAGCUGGCUGGAGAGAGGACCUCCCGGGAGCCACUGGAAACCUCUGGAGAGAAGGGGAACAGGAGCUUCGAUGACUAUCGUUUUGGCUCGGCUCUAGGCCCAGGCUGGCAAGGUCCUUGCUGCUGUCUCCUGAACCUCCAAGGUGACCUUCCCAGAUCUGCUUCCUUGACACGUGCACCCUGCCCCUGCUGUACCCGGACCCACCUCUCAGGGCCCAUCUUGCCUCCUUUCUCCUCAGAACAGCCCCUUUCAGGGUCCUCCAAGCCGGGUCCUUGGCUCCCAGGCCCGCCCUGUACGCCAGGUGCCUGGCAUUUUCCAGGACUCCCCCUUCUGGCCAGGCCGAGACAGGGCACCAGCCAGAGGCUUCAGUGCCCAUUUCUCAGGCCUGAGGAAUUGGUGGUAAAUCCUGGCCCAGGGCCAAAGGGGCGCCUGGAUUCCAAUGAGGGACUCUCCUCAGAGACUCAGAGACUCAAACUUGGAAAAGGAACUCCCAUGCCCCCCAAUCCAGAGAACCUCAGAGCCACGUGGCCUUUGGAUCCCCCUUAA